AUGACUGCCACAACUGUGGCCAGCGGCGGCAGCGGCAGCAGCAGCGUACAGAAACUUUCCAACACCAAAGAGGAAAGAAAGUUAAGGAAACCUUUGAUUGAGCGAAAACGAAGAGAAAGGAUUAACAACUGUUUGGAUCAGCUCAAAGAGACGGUUGUUGGAGCUUUUAGGCUGGAUCAAUCUAAACUUGAAAAAGCUGAUAUCCUUGAAAUGACAGUCAAGCAUCUCCAGAAUAUCCAGAACAGUAAGAUGAUGGAUUCCAAAUUGGGCUUGGAAGCUCAGCAGCGAUACAGCACUGGAUACAUUCAAUGUAUGCAUGAAGUCCACAAUCUCCUCCUGACCUGUGAGUGGAUGGACAAGACCCUCGGAGCACGGUUGUUGAAGCACCUGUUGAAAUCUUUGCCCCGAUCUAGUGAGGAAACCUGCAAGGCAGACUUGAGGUCUGCUACCCCUGCGAGUAGCAAGGGGAAUACAACAGGGUCCAAUCAGGCUCAAAUUCAGUUCUGCCUUGUUGAAGAGAAACAGGGGCUGAAAAAGCCAUUUCAGCUGCAACCGCCUUCACAUUGUAGUCAGCGCAAGCUGUCAUCUCCAAGUCAUUUUGCAUAUAAUGGCGCGAGCAUGGGGUCACUAGACAUGUGGAGACCAUGGUAA